AUGGUUUCGAUUUCCUUGGCCAAAGAUUUUUGCACUAUCAAAUGGGGGUCACAAAAUGGUUUUCUGCGGAAACAAUCUCUUACAGAAACUUCCACUACCGCCAAACUCAAGUUUUCUUGCCCUCCAAUUCUUGGGGCCAGCUUUAAGAGAACAGCAAUUCAUGUUUUAUCUCCCAACAAAUCUUCACCAAGUGUGGUGAUGCCAGAGUUACUUGACGCAUGGAAUGACGAAUAUGGUGGAGUCAUGAUUAAUCCAGAAAGCUUACCAAUGAGUGCAAAUGCUUUUGCAUCUGCUGUCCAGGCUUCUCUGUCUAACUGGAAAAUGAAGGGGAAAAAGGGGGUUUGGCUCAAAAUACUACAAGAGCAAGCUGAUCUUGUCCCAAUUGCAAUUCAGGAGGGUUUCAACUUUCAUCAUGCUGAACCGGGAUAUGUUAUGCUAACAUAUUGGAUUCCAAGUGAGCCUUGUAUGCUUCCUGAUAGCCCUUCGCAUCAUAUUGGUAUUGGGGCUUUUGUGAUCAAUGACAAAAGAGAGGUUCUUGUGGUAAAAGAGAAGUGUCCUUGUACUUGCUCUGGUGUGUGGAAAAUACCAACUGGUUAUAUCAACAAGUCUGAAGAUAUAUUCUCUGGUGCUAUAAGAGAAGUGAAAGAAGAAACUGGGAUUGAGACAACUUUCCUUAAAAUGGUAGCUUUCAGACAUGCACACAAGGUUGCAUUUGAGCAGUCAGACUUGCUGUUUGUGUGCAUGCUUAAGCCUUUGUCAUCUGAGAUCACAAUUGAUGAGAAGGAAAUCCAAGCUGCAAAGUGGAUGCCUCUUGAUGAGUUUAUUGAGCAGCCAUAUUAUGAAGAUGAUCACUUAUCAAAUAAGGUCAUUGACCUAUGCAUUGCAGCUCAUGAAGAUAACUACAGUGGAUUCACUGGUCAUCAGCUCAACUCCAAAAUUGAUGGAAAAUUAUCCUAUCUGUAUUGUGACCAUGUGAAUUAA